AUAAUAAGGAAGUUUAAAAUAUGAAAUAUCUGGCAAUUGUCGCCUUGGCCGUUAUGUUCACCUGUGCAUGGGCCAGAACUGACCACGUUUAUAGCUGGGAUGACCAUAAGGACAGUAAAACAUUAUACACCGCUUUGAAGGAUGAGCCAGACCUUAUUUUCAUCUUAUUCUGGUAUAACAAAGAUGAUUCUAAUGAAGACCUUAAAAAGGCCAAUGACAAGCUUAAGGCAGAUCUCCAAAAGGACGUUUUGGAAAAGCAUAAGAACGAUGGAAUCCAAUAUUCUGAAAUUGACCUUAAAGCUGAAGGUAAAGCUGAUGCUUACAAGACUAUUCUUGAAGACAUUAUGCAAAUUAAAGUUGAUAAACUUGAUAAAGGACCAAUUAUCUCAGUUGUGCACGACGGAGAGGGUGCUUGGAUUACAGGCCCAGCAACAGCCAAAGAGGUAGAAGAAUCAGUUGAUAUUUUCAUUCAUGAAGAUGAAGAUAAAAGAGUAGGACAACCAAACCCAAUUUAUGGUAGCGAUAAAGCAAGAACUUCAACGGGUGGAUACAGAAUCAACAGAAGGAGAUAAAUAUUA